AUGAUGAUUUCUCCUUGGUACUUCCAUUGGCACACAAAAAUAAACGAAUCUAAAUCAGUCAAUACCACAUUUACCCUCAAAAUGCAACAACCCCCUCCAGUAUCACUAAAUAACGAAAUAAUCCCUAAUUCGGACACGGUCAAAUAUUUAGGAUUAUACUUUGACAAAAAACAACUGGGCCAAACACAUUCACAUGACCAAACUAAAACUAAAUCGAAGACUUUCUAUUCUCCGUAA